GCGGAGAGCCGCCCCGCCCCGCCCCGCCCGGAUCCUCCCGGCACGAACCUCCGCGCCACGCAGUAACAGAGAGAAGUUUGGAGAUGGAAGACGUGGUGAUUGCAGGCAUAGCAGGAAAGCUGCCGGAAUCUGAGAACUUGCAGGAGUUUUGGGAGAACCUGCUGAAUGGAGUUGAUAUGGUCACAGAGGACGAUCGGAGGUGGAAACCAGGAAUUUAUGGACUGCCCAAAAGAAAUGGAAAGCUCAAGGACAUAAAAAAAUUUGAUGCCUCCUUCUUUGGAGUCCACCCCAAACAAGCUCAUACAAUGGAUCCUCAGCUUCGCUUGUUGUUGGAAGUUUCUUAUGAAGCUAUUUUGGAUGGAGGCAUUAAUCCAACUGCCCUCCGUGGCACAGACACGGGUGUAUGGAUUGGUGCAAGUGGCUCAGAAGCUGCUGAAGCCCUUAGCCAAGAUCCAGAGGAGCUUUUGGGAUACAGUAUGACUGGCUGCCAGCGUGCUAUGCUUGCCAACAGGAUUUCAUACUUCUAUGAUUUUACAGGACCAAGCUUAACUAUCGACACAGCCUGCUCCUCCAGUCUCAUGGCUCUAGAAAAUGCUUAUAAAGCAAUUCGUCACGGGCAGUGCAGUGCAGCCCUGGUAGGAGGGGUCAACAUUCUGCUGAAGCCCAACACUUCUGUGCAGUUCAUGAAGCUGGGCAUGCUUAGUCCUGAUGGUGCCUGCAAGGCUUUUGAUGUUUCAGGAAAUGGAUAUUGUCGCUCUGAAGCUGUUGUUGUUGUGCUCUUGACCAAGAAAUCCAUGGCUAAACGCAUCUAUGCCACCAUAGUGAAUGCUGGGAGUAACACUGAUGGCUUUAAGGAGCAGGGUGUGACAUUCCCAUCUGGAGAGAUGCAGCAGCAGCUGGUUGGUUCUCUGUACAGAGAAUGUGGUAUCAAGCCUGGAGAUGUGGAGUAUGUUGAAGCUCAUGGGACGGGCACCAAGGUUGGAGAUCCGCAGGAAGUAAAUGGCAUUGUAAAUGUCUUCUGCCAGUGUGAGAGAGAGCCUCUGUUAAUUGGAUCAACCAAGUCAAACAUGGGUCAUCCAGAGCCUGCUUCUGGGCUUGCUGCAUUAGCCAAGGUCAUUCUUUCUCUGGAACACGGGCUGUGGGCUCCAAAUCUUCAUUUCAAUGAUCCAAAUCCAGAUAUUCCUGCUUUACACGAUGGCUCCUUGAAAGUGGUUUGCAAACCAACACCAGUGAAAGGUGGCCUUGUCAGCAUCAAUUCUUUUGGCUUUGGAGGUUCUAAUGCUCAUGUUAUUCUGAGGCCAAAUGAGAAGAAGUGCCAGCCUCAAGAGACUUGUAACUUGCCAAGGCUGGUUCAAGUUUGUGGCAGGACACAGGAAGCUGUGGAAACACUAAUUGAAGAAAGCAGGAAACAUGGAGGAUGCAGCUCAUUUUUAAGCCUGCUCAGUGAUAUCUCUGCAAUUCCUGCAUCUUCCAUGCCCUACAGGGGCUACACGCUAGUUGGCACUGAGAGUGACAUUACAGAGAUUCAGCAAGUCCAAGCAUCUGGUAGACCUCUCUGGUACAUCUGCUCAGGUAUGGGAACACAGUGGAAAGGUAUGGGCCUGAGCCUUAUGAAAUUGGAUCUGUUUCGCCAGUCUAUAUUGCGCUCCGAUGAGGCUUUGAAGAGCACAGGACUGAAAGUCUCAGACCUGCUUCUGUGUGCAGAUGAGAACACUUUUGAUGACACUGUCCAUGCAUUUGUUGGGCUAGCUGCUAUACAGAUUGCCCAAAUUGAUGUGCUAAAGGCUGCAGGUCUGCAACCUGAUGGGAUUUUGGGUCACUCAGUGGGUGAACUAGCUUGUGGCUAUGCAGAUAAUUCCUUAAGUCAUGAAGAAGCUGUUCUUGCUGCUUACUGGCGGGGCCGAUGUGUGAAAGAGGCCAAAUUGCCCCCAGGAGGGAUGGCUGCUGUUGGUCUGACAUGGGAGGAAUGUAAGCAGCGCUGUCCUCCAAACGUGGUACCAGCAUGUCACAACUCUGAGGACACUGUCACUGUCUCAGGGCCUCUGGACUCUGUGACUGAGUUUGUAACCAAACUGAAGAAAGAUGGGGUGUUUGCAAAGGAGGUGCGCAGCGCCGGAGUUGCAUUUCAUUCCUAUUACAUGGCAUCCAUUGCACCAGCACUGCUCAGUGCACUGAAAAAGGUCAUUCCACACCCUAAGCCUCGUUCAGCUCGGUGGAUCAGUACAUCUAUCCCUGAAUCUCAGUGGCAGAGUGAUCUUGCCAGGAAUUCCUCUGCAGAGUAUCACGUGAACAACCUGGUGAAUCCUGUGCUGUUCCAUGAAGGCCUGAAGCAUAUUCCAGAGAAUGCUGUUGUGGUGGAGAUUGCUCCACAUGCUCUUUUGCAGGCUAUCUUGAGGAGAACUUUGAAGCCAACUUGCACUAUUCUACCUUUGAUGAAGAAGGACCACAAAAAUAACUUGGAAUUCUUCCUAACACAGACUGGAAAGAUUCAUUUGACUGGAAUAAAUGUUCUUGGAAAUAACUUGUUCCCACCUGCGGAAUACCCUGUCCCUGUGGGAACACCCCUUAUUUCUCCAUAUAUCAAAUGGGACCACAGUCAGGACUGGGAUGUUCCAAAAGCUGAAGACUUUCCCUCAGGUUCCAAAGGCUCUGCAUCUGCUUCAGUCUACAAUAUCGAUGUGAGUCCUGACUCUCCUGACCAUUACUUGGUUGGUCAUUGCAUUGAUGGCAGAGUCCUGUAUCCAGCCACUGGGUACUUAGUGCUGGCUUGGCGAACUCUGGCACGAUCUCUUGGCAUGGUCAUGGAGCAAACAGCUGUUAUGUUUGAAGAAGUUACAAUCCAUCAGGCAACUAUCCUUCCCAAAAAGGGAUCGACACAGCUGGAAGUACGAAUCAUGCCUGCUUCCCACAGCUUUGAAGUGUCAGGGAACGGGAACUUGGCUGUGAGUGGGAAGAUCUCCCUCCUGGAAAAUGAUGCUCUGAAGAACUUUCAUAACCAGCUGGCUGACUUUCAGAGUCAAGUAAACGUCACUGAGAAGUCUGGCCUCUUGAUGGAAGAUGUUUACCAAGAGCUGCAUCUUCGUGGAUAUAACUAUGGACCAACUUUUCAGGGUGUUUUGGAAUGCAACAGUGAAGGAAGUGCAGGGAAGAUUCUGUGGAAUGGAAACUGGGUAACCUUCCUUGACACCCUGCUACACUUGAUAGUCUUAGCAGAGACUGGGCGCAGCCUCCGCUUGCCCACCAGGAUUCGCUCGGUGUAUAUUGACCCUGUGGUUCAUCAGGAGCAGGUGUACCAGUACCAGGACAACAUAGAGGCUUUUGAUGUUGUUGUUGACCGCUGUCUUGAUAGCCUCAAAGCAGGAGGUGUUCAGAUCAAUGGACUUCAUGCCUCUGUGGCACCACGGCGACAACAGGAGCGGAUUUCUCCCACUCUGGAAAAAUUCUCCUUUGUUCCCUAUAUUGAGAAUGACUGCUUGUCUUCCAGUACCCAGCUUCAUGCCUACCUGGAGCACUGCAAAGGCCUGAUCCAGAAGUUACAAGCUAAGAUGGCACUGCAUGGUGUCAAACUGGUUAUCCAUGGCCUAGAAACCAAAGGGGCUGCUGCAGGGUCCCCACCCACACAGAAGGGCCUUCAGCAUAUCCUUACUGAAAUCUGCCGUCUGGAACUGAACGGAAACCUACAUUCUGAGCUGGAACAGAUUGUGACUCAGGAGAAGAUGCACCUCCAGGAUGAUCCCCUUCUCAAUGGCUUGCUGGAUUCUUCAGAGUUGAAGACCUGCCUAGAUGUGGCAAAGGAGAACACAACCAGUCACAGGAUGAAAAUAGUGGAGGCUCUGGCAGGAAGUGGACGCCUGUUUUCUCGUGUCCCAAGUAUUCUGAAUACUCAGCCCCUGUUGCAGCUGGAGUACGUUGCCACUGACUGCACCCCUGAAGCUCUUUCAGCUAAUGAAACUGAGCUACAUGAUGCUGGAAUCUCCUUUAGCCAGUGGGAUCCCUCUAGCCUUCCCUCUGGAAAUCUGAUCAAUGCUGACCUGGCAGUAUGCAACUGUUCAACAAGUGUUCUAGAGAACACAACUGAAAUCAUCUCUAACUUAGCAGCUGCAGUGAAAGAAGGAGGGUUUGUUUUGCUGCACACCCUUCUUAAAGAGGAAACUCUUGGAGAAAUUGUCAGCUUUCUUACAAGUCCAGACCUACAGCAGAAGCACAGCUUCCUGUCACAGGCACAGUGGGAGGAGUUAUUCAGCAAAGCCUCACUGAAUCUGGUUGCAAUGAAGAGAUCUUUCUUUGGCUCAGUUAUUUUCCUGUGUCGACGGCAAUCCCCUGCCAAAACACCCAUUUUUCUGCCAGUAGAUGACACUCAUUAUAAGUGGGUUGACUCCUUAAAGGAGAUCUUGGCCGACUCAUCAGAGCAGCCUGUGUGGUUGACUGCCACCAAUUGUGGGAACUCUGGAAUUUUGGGUAUGGUGAACUGCCUUCGCCUGGAAGCAGAAGGCCACAGAAUCAGGUGCGUGUUCGUUUCCAACUUGAGCCCUUCAUCAGCUGUCCCACCCACAAGUCUUUCUUCCCUGGAGAUGCAGAAGAUGAUUCAGAGAGAUCUGGUGAUGAAUGUGUAUCGUGAUGGAAAGUGGGGUUCCUUCAGGCAUCUCCCGUUGCAGCAAGCUCAGCCUCAGGAGCUGACAGAAUAUGCUUAUAUAAACGUGUUGACUCGUGGAGAUCUCUCUUCCCUUCGUUGGAUUGUUUCCCCACUCCGCCAUUUCCAAACAACAAAUCCGAAUGUUCAGCUCUGCAAAGUUUACUACGCAUCUCUCAAUUUCCGGGACAUUAUGCUGGCAACAGGAAAGCUUUCUCCAGAUGCUAUCCCUGGUAACUGGACGUUGCAGCAGUGCAUGCUGGGCAUGGAGUUCUCAGGACGGGACCUGGCUGGAAGGAGAGUGAUGGGAUUGCUGCCAGCAAAAGGGCUGGCCACAGUGGUGGACUGUGACAAGAGGUUCCUAUGGGAAGUGCCUGAAAACUGGACUCUGGAAGAAGCAGCUUCAGUGCCUGUGGUUUAUGCCACUGCUUAUUAUGCUUUGGUGGUUCGAGGUGGUAUGAAGAAGGGGGAGAGUGUCCUCAUUCACUCUGGCUCAGGAGGUGUGGGCCAAGCAGCCAUUGCCAUUGCUCUGAGCAUGGGCUGCCGUGUUUUUGCUACUGUAGGCUCUGCUGAGAAACGUGAGUAUCUCCAAGCAAGGUUCCCACAGCUGGAUGCUAACAGCUUUGCCAGCUCCCGAAAUACAACCUUUGAGCAACAUAUACUGCGAGUUACCAAUGGGAAAGGUGUCAACCUUGUGUUAAAUUCCUUGGCAGAAGAGAAGCUCCAGGCCAGUUUGCGUUGUCUUGCUCAACAUGGGCGCUUCUUGGAAAUAGGCAAAUUUGAUCUAUCAAACAACAGUCAGCUUGGAAUGGCUCUUUUCCUCAAGAAUGUGGCGUUCCAUGGAAUCCUGCUGGAUUCAAUCUUUGAGGAAGGAAACCAAGAGUGGGAGGUGGUAUCAGAGUUGUUGACAAAAGGCAUAAAAGAUGGUGUGGUGAAGCCCCUGAAAAGCACAGUCUUUGGUAAAGAAGAGGUAGAAGCUGCCUUCAGGUUCAUGGCGCAAGGAAAACAUAUUGGCAAAGUUAUGAUCAAGAUCCAAGAGGAGGAGAAGCAAUAUCCUUUAAGGUCUGAACCAGUAAAGCUUUCUGCCAUCUCCCGAACUUCCUGCCCACCUGCCAAGUCCUACAUCAUCACAGGAGGCCUAGGAGGAUUUGGGCUUGAGUUGGCACAGUGGCUGAUUGAGAGAGGAGCACAGAAGCUUGUACUGACAUCCCGUUCUGGCAUACGAACUGGCUACCAGGCUAAAUGUGUCAGAGAAUGGAAGGCGCUGGGAAUCCAAGUGUUGGUUUCUACCAGUGAUGUUGGAACUCUAGAAGGAACACAGCUUUUGAUAGAAGAAGCUUUGAAGCUGGGACCAGUUGGAGGCAUCUUUAAUUUGGCUGUGGUCCUUAAAGAUGCCAUGAUUGAAAAUCAGACCCCAGAAUUAUUCUGGGAGGUCAACAAGCCCAAGUAUUCAGGCACCCUUCAUUUGGACCGGGUGACUCGUAAGAAGUGCCCAGACCUGGACUACUUUGUUGUAUUCUCCUCUGUAAGCUGUGGAAGAGGAAAUGCUGGGCAAAGUAAUUAUGGCUUUGCUAAUUCUGCCAUGGAGCGUAUCUGUGAGCAGCGGCAUCACGAUGGACUCCCAGGCCUGGCAGUCCAGUGGGGAGCCAUUGGUGAUGUGGGCAUCCUGAAGGCAAUGGCAAACAGAGAAGUUGUGAUUGGGGGAACUGUUCUCCAGCAAAUCAGCUCAUGCCUGGAGGUGCUUGAUAUGUUCCUGAAUCAACCUCAUCCUGUCAUGUCCAGUUUUGUCCUAGCAGAGAAGGUCUCUGUGAAAAGUGAAGGAGGAAGUCAACGGGAUCUUGUAGAAGCUGUUGCUCAUAUCCUUGGUGUUCGUGAUGUGAGCAGUCUGAAUGCUGAGAGCUCCUUAGCAGACUUGGGCCUGGAUUCCUUGAUGGGUGUGGAGGUGCGCCAGACGCUGGAGAGAGACUAUGACAUCGUUAUGACCAUGAGAGAAAUCCGACUGCUUACAAUCAACAAACUGCGUGAACUGUCCUCCAAGUCUGGGGCAGCAGAAGAACUGAAGCCAUCCCAAGUAUUGAAGAUGGGCCCAGGUGAGCCUCCAAAGCUGGAUUUGAAUAACUUGCUGGUGAAUCCAGAGGGGCCAACGAUCACCCGUCUCAAUGAAGUUCAGAGCACAGAACGCCCUCUUUUCCUUGUGCACCCCAUUGAGGGAUCCAUUGCAGUCUUCUACACUCUUGCCUCCAAACUUCAUAUGCCCUGCUAUGGACUCCAGUGCACAAAAGCUGCUCCCUUGGACAGCAUACAGAGCCUGGCAUCCUAUUAUAUUGACUGCAUGAAGCAGAUACAGCCUGAAGGACCUUAUCGCAUUGCUGGAUACUCUUUUGGUGCCUGCGUAGCCUUUGAAAUGUGCUCCCAGCUGCAAGCACAACAAAAUGCUUCCCAUGCACUCAACAGUUUAUUCCUCUUUGAUGGGUCUCAUUCCUUUGUGGCAGCGUACACUCAGAGCUACAGAGCAAAGCUGACCCAAGGAAAUGAGGCUGCGUUGGAGACAGAAGCGCUGUGUGCCUUUGUUCAGCAGUUUACAGGCAUUGAAUACAAUAAGUUGUUGGAGAUUCUUCUGCCCUUGGAAGAUCUGGAGGCUCGUGUCAAUGCUGCUGCGGACCUUAUAACUCAGAUUCAUAAAAACAUCAAUCGUGAAGCACUCAGCUUUGCUGCUGCUUCCUUUUACCACAAGCUGAAGGCUGCUGACAAGUAUAUACCAGAGUCCAAGUAUCAUGGGAACGUGACACUGAUGCGGGCAAAGACUCACAAUGAGUAUGAAGAAGGUCUGGGUGGCGACUACAGACUCUCAGAGGUAUGCGAUGGAAAAGUAUCGGUCCACGUCAUUGAAGGAGAUCACCGCACCUUAUUGGAGGGAGAUGGUGUUGAAUCAAUCAUUGGGAUCAUCCAUGGCUCACUGGCAGAACCACGUGUCAGUGUCAGAGAAGGUUAACAUCUGCUCACUUACUGUCAAUGGUGAAGAAGAUGCCAACAACAUUCCUAGUUAUGACAGACCCCAAGGAACUCUUCCUGUUGAACAGCAUCUCAUCUGCUCUGCUGCCAGAGCUGGGAAGUCCAGCUGAACUUGAUUGGUCUCUUUGUUUCCUCUCUCUCAUCAUCAUUCCUGACUUUCACGUGUUCUUUCUCCUCUUUCCCUUUCUAUGCUUUGGUUUUUUUCCCCAGUUUCCCUGUCUGUGUUGCUGCGGUGCUGUGACUCUGUCACUGCGCUGCUGUGAGGGUUCCCCAGCGAUGGUUGCUUCCUACAGCUUUGGCAGUAUGAAAAGCAAAUUUAGGAGUAGACGACUUGUGCUCUAUAUUGUUUUGUCUUAACAGUAUUCCAAAGGGUAAGUGAUAGCACUUGUUGACCAAGCCCAGUGAGCAGAGAGGGGAGCUGCAGCUGAUUUCGGAGAUACUUGUUGUCUGUGAAGAAUCUGUCUGUAGUUAGGUCAGAAAGAGAAUUCCAUUGAGGCUUUUGUAACUAUAUUUUUUUAAUUUGAUAUAUUCUAAGUAUUUAUUGUGUCAAA